UGACAAUCCACGCCCCUGGCCAUAGUUAUCGUGCAGCGCAUGCAAACUGUCUCGAUGUGAUGUCGAGGUAUUGAUGAUUUGUGACGUCACUAGUGCGCUGAAGCCCGAGGCUGUGAUCGUGGGAGGAAGGCGACAAGCACUAGGCGAAUGGGCUGCUUACCUACAGUUAAGUCGUGCCGCUGCCGCAGCUACGACUUGCAAUCUACACUGACCGGUCAGGCCUGUCUCCAGCUUCGGACUGCCGUCUGCUUAAUUGAGAGGCACGCGUUGUGGUGUGCAUACGAGGUCUAUCGAUAGCCUUGUUUACCACGAUAUCCGGCCAUUCCGCGAGAACCAAACUUUGUGCUACCAGAGUGAGGCCUCCCAACUUUGGUUGAUUGCAGCGCAGGCCCUUGCCACGGUUGUUCUUCUACAGUCCGUUGCUGCGCACACGUACAUAGUCGAGGCAGACGAACGCUUUCUACGAUUAGCAUAUCCAUGAAACCGCGCGAACUAUGUCCGAUCUAUUGCCCAAAUUCAAGGUGACAGACCCACACACCCGCGCUGGAAGUCCACAGGACAGACGCGACGCAGCAAAGCACACCAACAAGGGAGAGGUCACCAAUGGCAAGCUUGUCGCAAACGUUUGUAGCCCUGGCUCACCGGCGCAUUCAAACGACGUACAAGACGGUGAUGGUCGCGACGAGCCUGAAGCGUCCAUAGAUCCACUUUCGCAACAAAUCCUGAGGAGAACAACUACGUCUACCGCCAUCCAGAAGUUGCGAGCUCAGAACACAGAGUCUUAUGCAGCGCAUUCGCAGACUUCGCUUCAAGAUGCAACUCCAGACAAGAAGCACAGUGGUGAAUCGCCGCGCGACAUGAGUGCGAGUACAAAAGCGGACAAAAAGAAGGGGGUCUCGUUUCUGAGCCGCUUCAUUGGGAACAAAAAGAAGAGCACCCUCGAUGGCGCAAGCGACAAUGGCUCGGAUUUUGGCGACCAUCGACCUGAGGGCAUGGAUGCACAGCUAUACGUCGAUAAUAUUGGCUUCAGCCCACGAUACCCGCAGCCUCCAGCAUACAUCAAAGUACGGACCAAGUUCAAGAUAAAGAAGGAGUUCGACCGUGUGUUCCUAGCACAAGAGCUUCGCUCAGGCGCCGGCAAAAACAGUGCCCCAGUUGCCGGGUCGAAUCCAGCCCCUCAGUCAGGAUCAGCGGCCAGCAAAAAUCCCAUAUGGGCCACAGAGUUUAGUAAGGACGGGAGAUAUCUUGCCGCUGGUGGACAAGAUCGAGUCGUCCGGGUAUGGGCUGUUCUAUCGAGUGCAGAGGAGCGAAGAGCCCACGAGACGGACGAGAGCGAUCCUGCUUGCGAGGCUAAACAUCUCAGUGCCCCAGUCUUUCAGCAAAAGCCCUACCGAGAGUACAGUGGUCAUACAGCAACUAUCUUGGAUCUGAGUUGGAGCAAGAAUAACUUCCUGUUAUCUUCGUCGAUGGAUAAGACCGUACGUCUGUGGCACGUCACUCGUGAAGAUAACUUGUGCACCUUCAAACACUCAGACUUUGUGCCGUCCAUUCAAUUUCAUCCUUUAGAUGAUCGGUUCUUCCUUGCCGGUUCGCUCGACUCCAAGCUUCGUCUGUGGAGCAUUCCAGACAAGAGUGUCGCGUACACAGCCUCAAGUCCCGACAUGAUCACCGCUGUAACGUUCAGUCCUGAUGGUAAGACAUGCAUCGCAGGAACACUGAGUGGUCUCUGCAACUUCUAUGACACAGAAGGUCUUAAAUGGCAGGCACAGUUACACGUGAAAUCAACAAGAGGGCAAAAUGCAAAGGGCAGUAAGAUCACUGGGCUUCAAGCAACAUACUGGCCUCCUGGCUCUGAGACCGGCGAGGUCAAACUACUUGUCUCGAGCAACGACUCUCGACUGCGAAUAUAUAAUAUGAAGGACAAAAGUCUAGACAUGAAGUUCAAAGGCCACGAGAACAACUGCAGUCAAAUACGAGCAGGAUUUGUCGACGGCUCAGGACACAUAAUAUGUGGUAGCGAAGAUCGCAAGGCGUAUAUCUGGUCGACGACCUCUCCGGAGGGCGACAAGAAAGACCAACGGCCUGUCGAGAUGUUCGAGGCUCACGAUUCCAUCACGACCUGCACAGUAUUUGCUCCACUGCAGACAAGGCAGCUCCUCAGUGCAUCAGAGGAUCCGAUCUACGACAUGUGCAACCCACCACCUAUCACACUUGUGUCCAGAGAUGAGUCUGCCCGGUCCUCCCGAGUCCCAACGGAAGCUGGUUCAGUACAACCGACGCCGACUCCAACUCAGAGCUUGUUCCCCAGAACGAACGAAAGCCCAGCGUAUCUUAGUCGCUGUGAUCACCCAGGCGGUAAUAUCAUCAUCACAACCGACUACAAGGGGUCGUUGAAGGUUUUCAGACAAGAUUGUGCUCAUGAUAAGCGCGUACGGCUCAGAGAGACCUGGGAGACCUCGUCCAAGAUGGGGCGCCCGAGCAGUAUCCUCUCACGCACUAGUCGGUCGAGACGAAACAGUGUAUCGACUCAACCUCCUAAUGAUCGCAUCAUGACAUGGAGGCAAGGCAUUUCGCAUGGUAGCGUUGACUCAACAGGACCCUUACGUCGAAAGAGCGGUCGCAGCGUCUCACCUCGCAAAUCCAUAGCAGCACUGAGUCUAAGCUCAGCACGAGCACCUGACUCACCAUCCCUGAAGCCCGUAGUAUCACAUGACACCACAAAUUCUGGACCUACGGGAACGCCAAAGACCUCUCUGUCUGUAGAUCUUGCACCUGUGCAAAGUAGAACACACUCCGAGGUCUCAACACCACCACAAAUAAACAUCCCAGAGCCAUCUCCAUCAUCCGAGGUGCCAUCGGAGCCAUCGGAGCCAUCGGAGACAUCGGAGCAACUAGAUCUUGCCAAGCACCCUUCAAUCGUCAACCCACUUGCUGUCAUCAACGGCCAAAGUUGGUUUUUUUGGACAAGCAAAGGCGACAGUAACAAGAGUCAAAGACCGGCGUUAGAUGCACGCGGAAGCCAGGUCAGCCAGCUCAGUCAAGUUAGUCGUCUGACUAGCGAGAUGAGCGAGGCCGGCGAGGAAGUAGCGCACACCGAGCAGGAACAGUGCACGCGUUGUGGGAGCCAGGAGUUUGAGGUUGCUACUAGAAGCGUAGGGCCGUCAGGGGGGCGGAAUGAGAGAGUGACAGUCUGUAAGAAGUGCAAGGCUGUGGCCAGUUGAACGGCUCGGUCGAUGUGAUGCAGUCUAUCUUCAAGAGAAUAUCAAACCUAUGACUGAUAAGAACUAGCAAUUUUCAUCUGUCGCAUUGCUUUUGUAGCCAUUGACAAUUUGACUCUCAUCAUCCGUGUAC